CUAGGCUGCAUAGCCAAACAGAGGAGUGAAAGCGCAGAGGCAUCAGUUUACUGUUCUGGCACUGAAAGCCUUGGCGAGUCCGACAACGGAUGCUGAGCUUGGUACCGCACGUCUGAAAGAUGUCCAAUAACAGCAUGUGACUACAAAGCAGGAUUAACAGCCAGGAACGGAACGAACAGGACCAUAUAUUCAUUGAAAAUUAUCACUGUUGGAAGAGCUCUAAAUCAAGCAGCCAUGGCUAACAGAGGACCCAGUUACGGGCUUAGCAGGGAGGUUCAGGAGAAGAUAGACCAGAAGUAUGCACCAGACCUGGAGGCCAGACUGGUGGACUGGAUCAUUUUGCAGGUUGGAGGAGGCAUAGAUAGACCAGAUCCUGGGAGGCUGAACUUUCAGAGCUGGCUCAAGGAUGGAACAAUUCUUUGUAGGCUCAUUAAUAGCCUCUAUCCCCCGGGUCAAGAGCCUAUAAAGAAGAUAACACAGACAAAUAUGGUCUUCAAGCAGAUGGAGAAGAUCUCACAGUUCCUGCAGGCAGCUGAAGCAUAUGGUGUUAUUACCGGGGACCUUUUCCAGACUGUUGAUCUGUGGGAAGGGAAGGACAUGGCUGCCGUGCAAAGGACCUUAUCGGCACUCGGUAGUCUGGCACUCACAAAGGAUGAUGGUCAAUACCGUGGUGAACCGGACUGGUUUCAUAGGAAAGCUCAGGAAAACCGCAGAGAGUUUUCUGAGGAGCAGUUGCGUCAAGGCCGCAGUUUGAUUGGCAUGCAGAUGGGCGGUAAAUCAGGGGCGUCUCAGUCUGGCAUGAGGGGGUACGGAAUGCCACGCCAGAUAAUGUAAAAGUCUUGGUUUAUUUAAAUGGAUCCAAAAUUAGCCCAUUAGCUCUGGGAUAUUGUGCAGGAUCUCUUUAUCAAUGUCGCCUAAUACUGACCAUCUCAAAGCACUUUAUUAGAGCAUUACAGAUGAUGUCUUAUAAUAAACCUUUAUGAGCUCACAGCGGCUCUUGUUCACUCAGUUAUACGGUCAGUUGUGUAAUCUCAGUCAGUUGAAAUAUAUCCGUCAGACUGGUGAUCAAGGUUUCUAUCAACACAGACCUGACAGCAUGGAACAGCACCAUUGUUCAAGGAUACAUUUGAGUUAUUUUGUCAAUUUUAAUGAUAGUCAAAAUAGUGUUAGGUAACAAUAUUCUUUAUUCAGGUAAUUUACAGCACCACUAGUCUUAUUCUUUAUUUACCACUGUGGAAUGUGACUGCAAUACUAACAUUAUAUUUCACUCCAUGUUUUGCAUGGUUUCUUUAUGCAAAUUUGCCAUCAGUAUGUUAAGUUAAAUAUUGUUUUAAAGUACUUUGAAAUGUAUUAUUAAUACUGAUUACUUCAUGACUGUACAGGAACAUAUUGUGAGAAGCAUAAUAAUGUUUACUGAACUAAUGGUUUGUAAUUUUGAAAAGCAUCUAAACCUGUAUGGAUUAAAGAUGGUUUUCGAGCUA